AUGUCAUCAGGAAAACCAUCAUAUCUCAUUGUUGGGGCGGGUGUGUUUGGCGUGUCAACCGCCUACCACCUUAUCCAGAAGUAUCCGGAUGCAUCGGUUACCCUGGUUGACAGGGAUGCGUUUGACGCCGAAGAGCGUGUGGCAGCCUCUUGGGACUGGAAUAAGGUAGUCCGCGCCGACUACGACGACUUUGUUUAUUGCAAGCUAGCUCUUGAAGCGCAAGACAUUUUCAAGAACGACCCCCUCUGGAAGCCCUAUUUCCACCAGACGGGUGUCUACUGGAUCUGCCGUAGCGACUACGCCCAGAAUGUCAUCAGCCAUCACCACAAGCUUGGUCGCAAGGACGACAUCAUUGCACUCCCUAUUGAAGAAGCCAAAAAGCUUUAUAACGGAUUGUUCGCGGAUGCUGAUUACACCGGUGCCAAAGAGGUGCUUGUGAACCGAGCCAGCGGCUGGGCCGCGGCUGGAGACUCUCUGAGGGCCGUCACUCGCAAGUCCAUAGAGUUGGGCGUCAAAUAUGUGGUUGCUGAGACUGCAUCACUCAACUUUGACGGCAAGGGAACUUGUACUGGACUUACUACAGCAACUGGACAGUCACUGACCGCCUCGCACGUAAUUCUCUGCACGGGCGCGUAUACGUCGAAACUGUUGGAAUUCAGCGCUGAAAAGAGCGGUAUCGCCAAUCUCUCGGCAGGGGACAGGAUUCUCGCAGCAGGCAUCACUACCGGAAUGGCACAACUAGACGAAGAGGAGUACAAGAAAUACGCUAAUAUGCCUGUCGGUUUUCAAGGGUACACUGCGGUACAUGGCAAGCCGUUUAUCGGCAGUAUCCCACCCACAAAAGAUAGGGAGCUCAAGUGGUGGGGAGCCAAGAUCUUCUCCAACACACGAGAAGUGCUUCCUGGCCGCAAGGUGUCGGCGCCGCCGCCUGUGAAAGACUAUGCUCAAUGGAAGGUUUCCAAGCAACUCAAGCAAGAUAUUAUUGACCAACGUAAUCUGUGGUAUGGAAAGAAGAGCGAGAACUGGAAUAUGACGAAGCACCGCAUCUGCUGGGAUGCCUUCACAACCAGCUCAGACUUUAUCAUCUCUCCCCACUCAGGCGCAAAGGGUCUGUAUCUUGCAACCUGCGGCUCAUUCCACGGUUUCAAGUUCUUCCCUGUCCUUGGCAAGUAUGUAGUCCAGAUGCUGGAGGGAGAGCUAUCUCCUGAGCUGGAAGGACGGUGGGCGUGGGAUCGGGAACGUCCGGACUCUUCAGACAACUGCGAGUAUCCUAACUCUGAAUUGAACGAUCUCGUGGAUACAGUCUCGAGAUUGUAA